CUCUGCUCUGCUCCCCGAAACCGCUCGAAGAAAUCGAAGUGGAGAAGAUGGCGGAGGCGGUGGCGUACGAGGAGCAGCGGCGGAGGCAGAUAGAGGCGAACAAGCGGAAGCUGGAGGAGCUGCAGCUGCACCACCUCUCCGCCACCGUCAGUGAGGCCGCCGCCGCCGCCGUCAAACCCUCGUCGGCCAAGAAGCGGAAGGCGCGGGUGCCGCGGAACGCCACCGCGGAGCCGCUACGGCGGUCCGGCCGAAUCGCCAACCUCCCUGAGAAUGAGAAGCCUGUGUACCGCGAGGAUUCGGACGAGGAGAGGAGCGACCAGGAUUCGGACGAGGAGAGGAGCGACCAGGACUCGGACGAGGAGAGGAGCGACCAGGAUUCGGACGAGGAGAGGAGCUACCAGGACUCGGACGAGAGGAGGGUAUGCCGGUGCAUACCCGGCAUACCCUGUGGCUACGCCACUGGGUAUGCCAUCUCUAAGGCUGAGGAGCUGGUGCAAAAGCUUGGCUCCAGCUUCCACGUCUUCACCCUGCCCAUGACACUGUUCCAUGUCACCGGAGUCUUCAGGCCGGGCUUCCCGACAUAUUUCUGCAAGUACCUGCCGAAGCGUGAUACGAUGAUCACCCUGGUGGAUGAGGAGGAUGACAAGUUUUGCAUGCUCUACCAACCAUCCAAGGCUGCCCUCAGCACUGGAUGGGGAGGUUUUGUCGUCGACCACAAGCUGCUUGAUGGAGAUUGCUUGGUCUUCCAACUGAUCGAGCGGACAAUGUUCAAGGUCUACAUAAUCAGAGCAGCAUCGUACUUGAAAGCGAGCACUGAUGAAGCUAGUAGCUUCUAAUACGGAAACUUGGACUAUUGGAGCACAGAUAUGGAGGCGGGAGCGUUGGACAAGCUCGCAUCUGGAAAUUGCUGGGUAUCUUGACCCUUUUGGGUGGCAGAAAGUUAGCUGAUGUAUAAAUGUUUACUCAUCCUAAUUUCUACCAGCUGCUACUUUGUGUACUUCUUGGGCUUACCAAUUGCAUGGUUCAGAAAUCUGCACUGUGUAUUGGGAUCACCCUGGUGGAUGAGGAGGAUGACAAGUUUUGCAUGCUCUACCAACCAUCCAAGGCUGCCCUCAGCACUGGAUGGGGAGGUUUUGUCGUCGACCACAAGCUGCUUGAUGGAGAUUGCUUGGUCUUCCAACUGAUCGAGCGGACAAUG